AUGGUCACUGCACACCCUCUCCCUGAAGGCUUCACUGAAAUAGAAGUGUUUGCCAUUGGCACUGCCCUGCUGGUAGAAGCCCUGCUUGGUUUCUGUCUGAAUGGCUUGACAAUUAUUUCUUUCCGCAAAAUCAAAGAGCUGCGGACGCCGAGCAAUCUGCUGGUGCUCAGCAUCGCCCUGGCCGACUGCGGGAUUUGCAUCAACGCCUUCAUCGCUGCCUUCUCCAGCUUCCUCAGAUACUGGCCCUAUGGCUCUGAUGGCUGUCAAAUCCAUGGAUUCCAUGGCUUCCUGACAGCCCUGGCCAGCAUUAGCUCCAGCGCUGCCGUGGCCUGGGACCGAUACCAUCACUACUGUACAAGGAGCAGGCUGCAGUGGAGCACAGCUGCCUCCAUGAUGGUGUUUGCAUGGCUGUUUGCUGCCUUCUGGUCUGUGAUGCCCUUGCUGGGGUGGGGAGAAUACGACUACGAACCCCUCCGAACCUGCUGCACCCUGGACUACAGCAAAGGGGACAGAAACUAUGUCACAUUCCUUUUUGCUCUGUCCACUUUCAAUUUCAUGAUCCCAGGCUUCAUCAUGCUGACAGCCUAUCAGUCCAUACACCAAAAGUUCAGGAAAACUGGGAACUUUAAGUUUAACACUGGUUUGCCACUGAAGACACUGGUCAUUUGCUGGGGUCCCUACUGCCUCCUGUGCUCCUAUGCAGCAGUAGAAAAUGUGAUGUUCAUUCCACCAAAAUACCGCAUGAUUCCUGCUCUUGUUGCCAAGACUGUGCCAACGGUGGAUGCCUUUGUAUAUGCCCUGGGAAAUGAAAACUACAGAGGAGGAAUAUGGCAGUUUCUCACAGGACAGAAGAUUGAGAAAGCAGAGGUUGAUAAUAAAACUAAAUAA